AUGCUUAAAGUAAUUGCAAUAGUAUUUUUUGUACUGACGACAAUUUGUUACGCAACCGUCAAAUGUCCGCCAAAUAAACGUGGUGAAGUGCUGACGUGCACGAUUGCAUGUUGCAAAAGUUUGGAUGUUACUUUUGAGGAUUAUUUCUGUUGUGGAUUGGAGGACAAUGAAAUUGUUGUUCGUGAUACGACCUCAGGACAUGAUCGAUCACAGCGUUUCAUUGCUUAUGGCAGUAUUUUUCAGAUUGACUACACAUUACUUAUUAUUGGAUUGAUCAUUAGCAUAAUCCUGAGUGUUCUUUGCUCACUCUUCUGUUGCCUUCUUUGCAACGGAUGUUGGCUUCAUCGACGACGUAAUCCACAGUUGUACGAAUCCGUAAACGAUACCGGAUUCUAUCCAUUAUGCUGCGGAUUCGGGAUUCCGAUGGGAACGAUAGUAUUCAGCACGCAUCCACCACAGUUUCGAGAUGAAUCAGAACUUUAUGGUGGAUCUUCAGCGUCCUCAUAUGCUAAUCGAAGCCGAGUCCGAUUUAAUGACGACGGUACUCCACGUGGUGUAUUGAAAGGCAAUUUUAAUACAUAUCCAGGGUCAUGA